AUGAUCACUUCUUGCCAUAUCCUAUAUAUAUAUCUCCUACAAACAUAAGAUCACACAUCAAAAACCAAAGAUCAUAAUAAAGAUUAAUAAUGGAUAUUGCCAUUGAUUCUUCAGUUUCUAAGCUUCCUAUGAAAGAAAUCCCAGGUGAUUAUGGCCUCCCCUUCUUUGGAGCAAUAAAAGAUCGCUAUGACUUCCACUACAACCAAGGUCCUGAAGAGUUUUUCAGGUCUCGCAUGAAAAAGUAUGGAUCUUCUAUCUUUAGAACCAAUGCCCCUCCUGGUCCUUUCAAUGCUCCUAACUCCAAAGUCAUUGUCCUUCUGGACGCUGCUAGUUAUCCCAUCCUUUUUGACAACACCCAAGUUGAUAAGCAAAACUACUUCGAAGGCACUUUCAUGUCCUCCCCUGCUUUUAAUGGUGGUUAUAAGGUUUGUGGUUUUCUUGGCACCACUGAUCCCAAACACACCACAUUGAAAGGCCUUUUCUUGUCCACACUAGCUAGGUUGCAUGACAAAUACAUCCCCAUCUUUGUUAGCUCAAUCUCUCAAGUGUUUACCAGCCUUGAAAAAGAAUUGUCCGAGAAAGGAACCUCUUACUUCAACCCCCUCAGUGAUAACCUAUCAUUUGAAUUCAACUUUCGGUUGUUCUGUGAGGGAAAAAGUCCAACUGAUACAAGUCUUGGCACUAAUGGACCAAAAACUGUAGACAAAUGGGUGUUCCUUCAACUGGCUCCGUUGAUAUCACUAGGCCUCAAAUUUGUACCAAACUUCCUUGAAGAUUUGGUUCUGCACACCUUCCCUCUACCAUACUUCCUCGUAAAAUCUGGUCAUCAGAAACUAUAUAAUGCUUUCUACAACAACAUGGGGUCUAUUUUACAUGAAGCUGAGAAGCUUGGACUGAAAAGAGAUGAAGCCUGCCAUAACUUUGUUUUCCUUGCAGGGUUCAAUUCAUAUGGUGGCAUGAAAGUGUUCUUCCCAUCUUUAAUCAAGUGGAUUGGAUCAGCAGGACCGAGUUUACACAGUCGGCUCGCCAAAGAAAUCAGAGCCGCUGUUAAAGAAGCAGGAGGGGUCACUACUGCAGCACUGGAGAAGAUGACGCUGGUUAAGUCUGUGGUGUAUGAGACAUUAAGAAUGGACCCUCCAGUUCCAUUCCAAACUGUAAGGGCAAGAAAAAAUAUAAUUGUCUCAAACCAUGAUUCAUCAUUCUUGAUCAAGAAAGAUGAACUGAUUUUUGGGUAUCAGCCAGUGGCCACAAAGGACCCUAGAGUUUUUAAGAACCCGGAGGAAUUUCAUCCAGAUAGAUUUGUGGGGGGUGGAGAGGCAUUGCUCAGGUAUGUGUACUGGUCAAAUGGUAAGGAGACAAUUGAACCAACUGUGACCGAUAAACAAUGUCCUGGCAAAGAUUUGAUAGUGUUAUUAGGCAGGCUAAUGGUGGUGGAGUUUUUCCUGCGUUAUGAUACUUUUGAAAUUGAAUUUGGAAAGCUCCUCCUUGGUUCAAAGGUGACUUUCAAGUCAGUAACCAAGGCAACAUCAUGAAGUGGAACGACGGAUGUCACGGAUUGAGUCUAUUCGCAAUAAAUAAGAACGCCCUCACAAGAUACAUCUAGGGUUGUUCAAAAUCUAGCUUUCCAUGAAAUAUUGUAUGUUUGAAUUUGUAUGUAAUUUUCUUAUUUAAAUUUGUAUGUGUGGCCAAUAAUUAAAAAAAUCAAUUAUGAAAAAAAA